GACUUGAAUCAAGGGCAGAGAACUAGAGUUCUCUUCAUUUGACGUGAUGGACGUGACGGAGAUAGAGGAAACAAUCGCCGGUGUCUGGUCAUUUCACAGGGAUGAGAACCUAGAUGGAUACCUGAAAGAAUGCGGUGUGAAUUUCAUCUUACGCAAGCUUGCCCAGGCGGCCUGUCUGUGUAUUACAAUGGUGAUAUCUGUAGAGGAUGGACAGUUACGGAUACAAAAUAAAGGCCCCAAAAACACAGACCACAAGGCUCACCUGGGAACAGAGAUCCAUAUCACAGACUUAAUGCAUAAUCCCAUGAAGGAGGUACAUACGUGGUCUAAUAAUCAGCUGAUCACGAUAUCGAGACCAACAGAGGGGUCUAAAGCACUUCCUACAAAGGUCAUACGGGAACUUGUUGAUGAGCAUUUAGUCAUGACUCUAUUGGUUAACGAUGUUGUCUGUAAAAUGAUUUAUAAACGGAAAUGUUAAUCAGUCAUUGGAGAAAUUUACAUAAAAGAAGAAUCGGAUAUCAAAGAUGUGCACAUGAAAUCAGUGAGUACUGUCCAGCUGCCAUAUGUGAUUGUCAAGCUAUGGAACGUAUAAAAUUGUAUACAACAAAGUCUGGAUACUUGAUUUCUGUUGUGGUGGAUGUAACAGAAUUGAAUGAUGUGAAUGUUAGUGAUGAAAUAUCCCAUGUGGCGGAUCCAAGUACGUGUAGCAGGGUAAAUGGAACGUGCAACAAUUUUUGUGUCCCACGUUAUAUGUACAACAAAAAUGGUGCUGUAUUUGUGAUAAUUUAAGAGAUAUUGUUACAUAUUUGAGAAAAAAUGCUCUGUAAUAAAUGUCAGAUAAAGAUUGAGAACGGAAUAACAAUCUCAAUAGAGAAUUCCUGCAAAAAUAUGCCUUCAAAACCUUCAUUUCGUAAUGAUCAUUUUGUCUGUUUGUUUAGUAC